AUGAGCCUGUUCCAUCCUGUUCUAUGGAUUUUGAUCAUCUCCGGUGGCUUCUACGAGGUCGAUUGCGCCUACGUUGAUAGUAGCUUCUACGGGGUAUGUCUUCCUGUUAAUGCGUUUUUUUACCUGAAUUCCUCACCACUUGCACAAAAUUUCGUUGAUUUUGCUUCGCCAGUAAGGUUGAGCUUAAGAGGGAAGAAUAAACGUUUUGGUGAAGUCGUGAUUUGCUUUUGUGUCGGUCUUUAAAAUGGCCACUCACGCAAUCAAAAAUGUGCAACUCAAAAAUCAGCUCAAGAAAGGAUUCGCUGCACGUCCGUAAGCUGUCACGACUAAUUGAUUUAGACGCGCGCGUGACCUUGACUGGCAUUGCGGCCAAUAGGCCCAUGGCUUAACUAUAGGCUACCCCCUCAGACUUAGCCAAGAUCAGCGGAGUGACUCCAUGCGCAUACACACGUUCUGGUUCUCUUCUUCCACAUUUCGCCCCGAUAAAUCGCUAUUCAUGUAUAUCCACUCGAUAUCUAUUGCUACUAGGGAUAAUUAGUCGUUUUAUUUUGAUGCACAGAAUCUAACGCUUGUCGCAAAGGGACUAUGGACUCAGCUAAAUUCAGUGUAUGCUUUCAGAUAUAAUUGCAGGGAAUAAAUUCUUGCUACAUUCGAAGAACUGAUUCGCGACAUUACUGGGAGACUUGACAUUUUACAGGGACGCCUGUCGAGAAAAUCUGAAAGUUUUAUUCCAGGUUAUGCCGUUUUAAUUUAACUCCUGUUCAAAUGCAAACGUCACAUAAAGCAACCAGUAGUUCUGCGCGGUGAUGAGACCACACGUGGAUAUUACAAACGAGUCUGUCUGCUGAUCUUGCCACGACAGCAAAAUCCAUGGACAGACCCUCACCCUCACCACAACCUUCAGAACAGGUUCCGAGGAGUAAGAGAGAGCUCAGAUGCCGAUAGAGACUGAAUGAAGGCUGGGGUAAUUUGGCAGUCGGACGAAAGGUGCAUGUUCAAGCGCUACCGGGGCAGGCGUGGUGCUCCUUGUGCGAGGACGUACCUGCAUCAGGCCCGAAGCUGAUUGGCCAUUGUGGGUAGCUGUGAUUGAUCGAAAGUCAGACGGAGCCUCUCGACUUAAGCGAACGACUGAUGUUGCUGGUGCAGUGGUGCAGCUGGCGCCCCAAACAGGAUCACUGGAGAAUCGCCAGCCACCCAUGAUGGACAGUCAGAAGGGGUAUUUGAAACGUCAUGCCCUUAAUAAACCAAAUAAAUCCACAGUUCACUUCAGUUGGCAGAUCGUGCAACACAAGGGACUGGGAAAAGCAAUCUAACCUAACGUGAGACUCCAUUUAAGCACGAUCAAUAAGACAAGUUCAUUUGGUUGUCAGGGCCUCACUAAUAACUGCCUCGGCAUCCCCAAAGAAAUUCUAAAGUUAAUAAACAAAUAUAAUCAAACCUCCGUGAAAGACAAGGUCAGUCACUGACUGUGGGUCGGAGGCAGCCGUGAUUUGCGCUCAUACAUUUGCACUCCGUCUUCUUUCCACUCUGCCUUCCGUCAUCCGUGAUUGCAGGACAAAGUCAGAAGGAUCGGAAAAGGGCGUGAAAAAACAAACAAAUACAAAACCAUCUACGCGUCCCGCACACAAGCUCUCCGCCAACGCCACAGUUCGCAGUCUCUUUACAGCUGGAGGUCUUGGGUUAUACGCAAUAGGGCGUGCAGCAAAUAUCAUAUUAAGAAGGGCCAAGUUAUCACAUUAGUCGGCCACGAGCCCGUUGCCCUGAUCGGUGAGUACCCCUUACCAUUGUGUGUACCCGAUCGAAACCAACAGGGCAACGGUCUCGUGGCCCAGUGGUUAGAGGCGUGGACUUCUAACUAACAGGUCGCGAGUUCGAGCCUCGGGUGUUCCACAUUUCGGGGUUGGGUAUUACUGGCUGACGACGGCUAAUAAGUCAGAAAUGGCCAUAUCAGUCUCCCUUGUCUUUGUCGGUAAUGCCAUUCUGCCUAUAUCAUGCGCCGCUGCGCGGCUGCUGGUUGGGCUCGAGAGAGAGCCCGUAAGGCACAACGGAACGAGUGAGUUCCGUACGAACGAUCGAUGAGCGCCCCCUACCUUUGUAAUUUGGAAGCCUGUCACUGAUAUACGCGUGUACGGCAGUAGUUAGGGGUUACAUGGAAUCAGCAGGUCUCCUCAAAGGGAUGAUAUGAGUCAGUGCGGCUCCCUUUGUGUAUCCGCACACCUGUAAAGCUGCCGCUUCUAGAAAUAGGACAUUCACACCGCCGAUGAUCAACAGGUGACUCCUAGCCGCUGAAUCACGAGUAUCAAUGAAGCCAUUUUCAACACUGUCAGGUGGUAUUGGUACCGACAAGGAUGGGGGUAUUUGCUCGGAUCCUCAGAGCAGACAAACCCCGAAAAAGUUGUAAUUUUUUUGGGAAGGGAUUGCCACCUCUCUGAAAGCAACAUGAUCUGUCGAGGUACAGCGAUCGACAACUCAGAGGCGCCCAAACCAUAAGGCAGGGAGGACAGUUAUAUGGACAAGCCUUAGUGAUGCGAGCGGGGGCACACGCAGUUCAACAAGCAGCUACAACAAGUCUUCUCAUCGGGCAAAUUGUAGUCGAAAUGUAUGCGCCUGAGUCUCAUCCGGCUGCGGCCAAUCAGUAGAGGAAGAAGCGCCGAUCAUCGCCCCGGUGUCGGCUAUUCAAGAUCUGCCACACGCGCGUGAUCAGGAAUUAACAGGCAUGCUUGGCGAACCGAAUGCAGCAUAGGUAAGUGAGUGCGUCGGCGACCAGGGGAGCGGACUGCCACAGACCAAGCAGCCAGUGGAACAUGUGAUGAGGAAAAUAAAAUUAGACAACAACUUUUAUGGCGCAAUAGUUCAUUUAUUCAGCAAUUGAGAACCUCGAUGGAUACCCAAAGUCGGAAGGUUGCGUGUUUGAAUCACGCCAGCGUCACCAAUGGUCAGCGUGCGAUGGUUAAACGGUUCGAGGUUUUCCGAAUCAAAAAUCGGAGACGACAGAGUUAUUGGACGAACUGUCGAUGUUGUAUGGUCGACGACACGAAAGUUCCCAAAUCAAAAGUCAGGGAAGACAGAUUAGGUUGGGGAAGGAGGGUACAAAAGGCUUUGGAAGCAGUUGCUACAAGCUGUCUCUUGCUGGAGUGUUGUGUGCGCCUCUGUAACUAAUCAGCGAAGAAGCCACACUGAUCGAAUUUAAGUCUUCACCAGCCGAUUCCAGCUGUUUUAGGUUGUUAGCCCCCUUCCCCCGCGCGAAACACGUGCAUGCGUCGGGGCUCUGCCUCCCCCCCAAAGCCAAUCAGCGAAGGAUGCAGCGCUGAUUGGUGCCUAGUCCCCGCCUCGCCGGGGCCAAGUCACAUGUGCCCAAGGUCUCGAGUUGAGGAGGAAGUUAGACGGGUCGAAGACGGGAUAGUGGGCGGUCCCGCAGGUGACCUCAAGUCGAUUGGCACGCAUUCCUGCGACCAAAUCCAGAGGGACUAAACAAGAUAUGAGCAUCUGUCCUCUAAGUCCCCGUCUCUUUCUGUCUAUCCUUGUUUUUGCGUGCCAGUGUUCUUUGUUGCCUCUUCGUGACCCUUAACAAGACAGUCCAUAGCAUUUUUCCCUAAUAGAUCAAUCAAAUCGGUGUACACCUGCUCCCCUGUGAUAAAGGAUUUACUGGCCGGCCCCUUCAGAGUUUAACUAGAGUCCGUAAAUACGCACAGGAACCGCGGUUGCUGUUGGAUACAUUGAGUUUGAGACCAUAUAAUGGUUUUAACAGAACUGUACCUUUGCGACCAAAAAUUCGUUUGCCUACCGUCAUGUUGAGAUUGUUCUGAGAAUAGGGUUAUUUUGCGCAACUACUUCAAUGGGAUUAUUGGCAUAAACCUCCGGCCUCUAACAAAUGCGCCAUGUUAGGAAUAGUGCGAUCACUGUGCCCGGUCGACUGGAACACACGCACAUACAGCCGAUAUAGCAGCUAAUCACAGUCGCUCACAAACUCCGCACUCACCCAAUAAAUUCAACAAGCUCAGACUGACAUUCGCAUGGCACUUAUACACGUCCACAUCACCCUCGCGGACAGAUGUGCUUGCAAGUCCAAAGCUGGCUGCGCGUCAAGAGCUCUGACCAAAUCAAAUCAACCAGUCAAGUCAACGUAUUCAGAGGAAACUGCAGAAGUCCUUGAAAACUCCAAUGAAAAAAGAUACAAGUCUGCAGGAAAAGGCGUUAAGUUGCAGUGAUCUAUCAGUAAUUUCAAAAUGCAAAAUAUCUAAGACUGAUAGUGAAACAUGAGUAAAAGAAACAGGUGAAUUUACUAAAUAGCAGCAAACAGAAUUUUGACUUAUAAACUCAGACUGAAAUUUAAUAUGAGUAUUUGGGUAGAGGUCCAGCAGUCACAGCAGAAUAAGCACUCAGUAUUCAUAAAUGGACAACAUGAAUUGGAAACGGACAGCCAAUUGUAUAUUCACAGAUGGCACGAUAUACCAUGCUUGACAACACAGGUACCAGCUAGAUGUCUGAGCCUGUAAGUCUCAGACAAACUGAUAUUCUCUAAGUUAGCAAUUAAUUUCUAAGGAAACUAAAAAACCUGCAUUUCAAUACUGGGGUGUCUACUAGAAAAACGCACGGGGAAUGCUGGAGAACCCAUUGAUUAGUCAAAGUCCUCGCAGCUGUGUCAUGCAGCAGCAGAAUAUCGGCAAAACGCGUGUGUGAGCUUCUAAAUAGUACCUGUGCUGUCAAGUAUGGUAUGUCGUUCUACCCACCUAUAUACAUAUAUAUUGAAAAACAGGCAUCUCAAGAGAUAUAAUAAGGAAGAUGAAAUUCUUUGGGAAACAGAAAACUUUAUUGUGUGAAUUUUCGAGACUGGUUUCCCAGCUCGUCUUCAGACAACUGGCGUGCAUGAGGCACCAGCAAUCCCAGGUGCCCAUGCACACACUGGACACUGGACAACAAUUCGUAUGGGAAAACACUCGCAUUGUUGGCGCCUGCCCAAUAAGGAAAGGCCGCGAAUUCCUAGAGGCAAUGCACUCAGAUGAGGCAUGCAUCAACUGACAUAUCGAUUUAGAUGUCACAUACAAAGUUGUUAAGGACAGAUUCAAACUGGCUCAAUCGAUCCCGAGCAGAUGACUUUAGCCACUCAUAGGAUCCCUUGUCAGGCUUGGUCUAGAAGUUAAUUGCUUUUGCACGCCCGUUGUCUGUUUGAGCUUGUUAGUCUCAACAGACUGAUCUACUCAAAGUAGGCGAUUAAUUCCUCUGGAACUUAUAAAGCCGCAAUUAAAUGCGUUACUGAAAUUAAGAUAGUAACAUGUGGAUAUUUAACAAUAGUGACUAGUUAGAUGAGGUUUAGGGCAUUCCAGCUGACAUCUAACAGCUGAGUAUCCAAACUCCUCGUACAAACACUCAAGUUGCGGGAAUGCACAACAUACGUUAAUAAAGAAUUCCAUUGCCCAAUGAAUCUCUCCAAGAAAAAGACGGAACGUUGUUCGGUGCAACACAGUCCCUUUUUCAGCCAACAAGGACGACGUCGUAAAUUCUUCUACGCUGCUAUUUCGAAAAGAUUUUCCCCAUCCAUCCCAUGUUCAGAUCCUCGCAGCAACUGAAACGUUGGUAUAAGUUCACCUCGGCCUCGUCUACAAUGGAGAAUGUAUAGGUUUAAGGUGGUCAGGCGCUGUUCGUACGUCCAAUCUUUGAGUUCCGGAACAAGCUUUGAAGCAUGUCACAGCACACCUGCAAGAAUAUCUAUGUGUUCCUGAAACCCAGGUCGCCAAGCGUGUAUCACAUAUUUCAGGUGGGUCCGCGCAGAUCCUCCGUAAACUUUACCGAAGAUAUCUGUAUAUCUAUUAACCCAUGAAAUGUUGACCGAAAUCCUGAAAUACGUUUUCUACUCUAAAAGAUCACUUAAGUAGAGUUUUUAUAUUCAUCGCCUGCAGAAGACAUAAUUUUCAACCAAAUGAGUAAACGAAUGAAUAUUUAUAUGUAUGUUUUCCAUUAAAUAUACUUAAAUUUAUAAGACCGUCGUAAAUCACUAAGAAAAUUUCAUACUACGUAAGUAGUACUUUUUGCAUAACUUAGUUUUUUCAGGUGGCUGGAAAGAAUUUCGUUCAAAAGCCGGCAUUCUGAAGGGCGAUUAAUAUUACAACCCCACUUAAGUAACCUUUUCGAGCCGAAGGCAAAUUUCAGAAUUUUGAUCAACAUUUCAUGAGUUACCAUAUCUGCUGUAGUUUAACAAACGUUCUGCGUAUCGCCUUCAUAGUUGACGUCGUCCGUACUGCAAAUAUAAAGCACUGUGUUGUCACGCUUAAAUCGUGUUUAUCUAAUACUCCAAGCUAAUUUUGCACACUGUCGUGAAGUUGCAUUUCUCCUUCGCUUCACUGGCAUUAUUUGCAUUUUUUUAAUAGACGUCCACUCUGAACAGCAGCCAUCCACAGCAACCUUUCGUCUACGAUGAAUUACGAAAUCUUAAACCCAGUUCACACGGUCUCCUCUAACCCCUAAGUCUGGCAUUUUUUGCAUGAGCGCUUUUGUGGAACGCAAUCAAAGGCCUUUCUGAAGUCAAAAUAAAUGACACCAAAUGGAUGUCCUUUGUCCACUGCCUUUGACCAAAGUUCAAGCGAUGUCAAGAGGUUUGUAAGACAGGACCGCUCCUCGUAGAAAUCAUGCUGAGUUGUGCUUAUCAGACAGUGGAGUGUAUCCAGCAAAAUAAUUGGUUUUUUUAAUUAUCCUCUCCUUGUGAGUACAUCCUCCUGUGUCUGAAGUCGAAUUAAUCCAUUUAAUACAACAAUUUUGUGAAGUUCCGGGAUGUCAGGCGUCUACUAAGAUUAUCUUUAAUGUGUCUGUUUCUCACCUAGGAACCCAUAAGGUUCACCGUCCACGGGAGGGCGUUGUUGAGAAUAAACUUCUACAUGACCGAAGAUAAACCCGAACUUGGGCAGUAUGGAUUUUGGUUUUUCUGUGUGGAUGGUCCCUGGUAA